ACAAUCCUCUUCGGCCCAUUUGGUAGACGAGGUUUCGCUGGCCCAAUCACCUUCGAUUCGCCUCGACCCUCCGCCGUCGGCAGCAGCCUCCUCCUCGACGAGCCGCCGUCGGCCGCAGCCUCCUCCUCGCGCCGCCGUCUUCGGAACGGAACGGGCAAAGCAACGCCCUCGCUGCGACUGAGAGGAGGCGCCCCGCCGCCGCCAGAGCGUCAACGUCCUCCUCCGCCGGUUUUUCCCGAGGGAGAGUAUAGAGUUUUUCUUCUGUCAAGAGGGGUGGGCGUUCACACAUUUCCUCAAGUAGAGAAGAAGCAGUAUAAAGUUGUUUGGUGAUAAUGGAACCAAAGCAUUCUGCUGAAAUGUCCAGGCAUUUGGACAAGCAAAAUCAUGCCCUAAUGGAAACAUACCGAGCAAUGUCCCAUGAGUUGCAUAAACUACAGGUUGAAGAGGAAACAAUCAUGCGCAAGUUGUAUGAGCUGAUGUCUGCAGAAGGGCUUCUUCCAAAGCACAAGGAAAAAAGGCAGCCGGAGAGAGCAGGGGAAUCAAGCCAGGAAAGCGAAGAACAGGAACCAUAGAAUGUCAACCGUGAAUCUGCAAUAUAUGAUGUUACGUGGGGAUGCAAGUUUGGUUGAAUAGCAACCGAUCUUAGGUAUCCACUCCAAUGGAUAUACUGUAGUGAAUUUUUUUUGUCUCGGUUCCAGCAGUUAGUUUCCCUGUAAUUUUCCAAACUGCACAACGGAAAAUUUUGAGAUGGGCUUCAAAGCCUUGUUUGUUCCUAGACGCUUUGGAAAGCUUGGGGCAUGCAUUUUGUGGAUCUUGAAAGUGACCACCGUCCAAACUUGUCUGUGAGGAAUGGGCAGCUGACUAGUCUGUUUUACCUUACGCACAUGUUGUGUAUGAGAACCUUGUGUUUUGA